CCAACCAAAGAUGGAUUCGUACGAAACGCACGCAAAGAGACGUUUGAAUCGGACGAUUGCAAUGACAUCGACUCCAUUAACCAUUGCGAACACGAAAUCAAUCAAAACAUAUCAUUAAAUCAAUUCAAGAAAAUUCUGUGGAAUUUAUCACGAAAUCACUUAGAAAUGAAUGACUGGAAAAGAUUGGCUCGUUUUUGGGACUUUACUGACGAACAGAUCAAAGCCAUUGAACACCAAUACACUGGAAAGACUAGCUAUAAGGAGCACGGCUAUCGGAUGAUGAUUAUAUGGCUCCACUCACUGCCCCCCUCUAAGAACCCAUUCAACGAGCUCUACGACGCCCUCAUUGCCAUCAAUAGAAAAGAAAUUGCCGAGAAAGUACGGAAGAAAGCAGAGGAGGGAAACAUAUUUCGGUCGCAACGCUUCGGGUGUCAGUGUUUGCCCGGAAUCCCGGCCUCCCUUUGCCACUACUGUUGCAUAUCUUAGAAACUAAUUGUCAUUACUAUUA